CCGAGAGGACAGAUCAUCAGUUGCACUCCAGACUUCAAUUCAAUUCAAUCCCAUCAGCAAUAUAUCCAGUAACUCGAAGAAGAUGCGUCUAACACUACUCGCCCUCAUUGGCGUCCUGUGCCUGGCCUGCGCCUACGCCCUGGACAACCAGGACGACAACCAGAACAACGACCAAGUGAUUGGCCUGCUGGACGUGGCCGAUCAGGGAGCUGCCCAUGCCAACGAAGGCGACCGAGAGGCACGCCAGUGGGGCGGUGGCUAUGGAGGACGCGGCUGGGGAGGACACGGAGGAUAUGGCGGCGGCGGCUGGGGAGGACGUCGAGGAUAUGGCGGCGGCGGCUGGGGACGUGGAGGAUAUGGCUGGGGAGGACGUGGAUAUGGUGGCGGCGGCUGGGGCCGAUAGGCUGGCAUUUGUCAUCAAAAUGGAUUGACAACCGACCACGCCUCUCCCAUCGCCGCAUCAGGGUGACACCUCCAGAUGUUUGUGCGCCAAUAAAGAACAUUUAGCAAUGCAAAA